GUUGCAGAAAAAAAAAAUCGAUGGAAAUCGCGCCAUGUCAUUGGUUCAUUUUUGUUAAUUUGAAGAUAUUUACAGUUUACACGUCAAUUUACAGUUUGAUAUUUUCAAAUUUACAAUUUGUAUAAAUAGAUCUAGAUUUUUACACUUUUCCUUCAAAGGCCCGAAAAUCAAAACUAGAACCCAGCCCAACUCGAAGUCAGUAUACAGGAAGUUAAGUUUGUGUGCAGGACCCUUGAUAAGAUCCAACUACCACCUAAAAGUAAUAGAAUAACUUAAGUAUAAAGUCAUUAGAACUUUAUCAUAUAAUAUUAUAUCAAAUAGAUAGAAAUCAGGAUGUCGGAAGUAGUGCCUGAAACAAACACUCCGGUACAGACACCUUCAUCAGAAGCGACAUUUUUCAAUAAAUCAGAUGAAUCUGCGACAACUCCAACUCAACCACAAGAACUCUCCAAAUCAGAAUUAUUAGGAGUAUCUGAAACCGAUAAACCACUUUCACCACCUAAUCCAUCACCAACACCAGAAAAGCGUCAUGCCGAAGAAGAUAUUAAUAGAGAAGAAUCCAAAAAGAUAAAAUUGGAUGAAGCUGAAGCAGAAGCUGAACCAAUUGCAGAAUCACAAUCAAAUCAAGAAGAAUCUGAAUCAAAACCAAUAGAAGAAACUCCUGUACCUGCACCUGUACCACUUGAACCAGCUCCAAAACCUCCAGCAGAACCAGAUAUGAAUAAUUUACCAGCUAAUCCAAUUCCACCACAUCAAUCAAAAUUUGCACUUAAUACAAUUAAAGCCAUUAAACGAUUAAAAGAUGCAGCACCAUUCUUACAUCCAGUUGAUACAGUUAAAUUAAAUAUUCCAUUAUAUUAUAAUUAUAUUCCAAGACCAAUGGAUUUAAGUACUAUAGAACGGAAAAUUAAUGUAAAUGCUUAUGAAGAUUAUCAUCAAAUAAUUGAUGAUUUUAAUUUAAUGGUUUCAAAUUGUAAAAAAUUUAAUGGAGAAAAUUCAGGUAUAUCAAAAAUGGCUGUUAAUAUUCAAGCUCAUUUUGAAAAGCAUAUGUUAAAUUUUCCUCCUAAAGUUUUACCAAAUGUUGGAACAACAUCUAAUGGUAGUGUUUCUACCACCAAAUCAACUAUUAAUACUAGUACUACCAAUAAUAAUAAUGCAGCUUCUAAUAAAAGAAGAUCAACUUCAACUGUUGAAUCAGAAUUAACCAGAAGAGAAUCAGUUGCUGGUCAUCGACCAAAAAGAACAAUUCAUCCACCUAAAUCAAAAGAAUUACCUUAUGAUGUAAGACCUCGUAAAAAGAAGUUUCAAGCUGAAUUAAGAUUUUGUGCACAAACUGUUAAAGAAUUAAUGUCAAAGAAACAUUAUAGUUAUAAUUUCCCAUUUGUUGCACCUGUUGAUCCAGUUGCAUUAAAUAUUCCAAAUUAUUAUAAUGUAGUUAAAGAACCAAUGGAUUUAGGUACAAUUCAAUCUAAAUUAGCUAAUAAUCAAUAUGAAAAUGGAGAUCAAUUUGAACGAGAUGUUCGAUUAGUAUUUAAAAAUUGUUAUCUUUUUAAUCCAGAAGGUACUGAUGUUAAUAUGAUGGGUCAUAGAUUAGAAUCUGUAUUUGAUAAGAAAUGGGCCAAUAAACCAAUUCCUGAACCAACUCCAACUAAUUCAGAAAUUGAAGAUUCUGAUUUAGAAUCAAGUGGAGAUGAAGAAGAUGAACCUGAAAUUAAUGAAGCCAUGCUUUCAGAAAUUCCUGCUAUUCAAUUAUUAGAAAAUCAAUUGAUUAGAAUGAAGAAGGAAUUGGAUCAAUUAAAGAAGGAACAUUUAAAGAAAUUAAAAGAACAACAAGCUGCUAAAAAGAAGAAGAAGAAGGCAUCUAAAAAAUCUAAAAGAAAAUCAAUUAGUCAUUCAGGAUCAGGAGCUGCAACUUCAUCAGCACCAGUUGUUACUUAUGAAAUGAAGAAACAAGUUAGUGAAAUGGUUCCUAAUCUUUCUGAUAAGAAAUUACAAGCACUUAUUAAAAUUAUUAAAGAUGAUAUUGAAAUAAGUAAUGAAGAUGAAGUUGAAUUAGAUAUGGAUCAAUUAGAAGAUCGUACUGUAUUAAAAUUAUAUAAUUUCUUAUUUGGUAAGAAAGCUUCAGCUAAUUUAGCAAAGAAAAAGAAGAAAUCAUUUCCAACUAAUAGUAUUGAUGAAUUGGCUCAUUUAAGAAGUCAAUUGGCAUUAUUUGAUGAUGAUGCAUCAAAUUCAAUUAAUAAUAAUGGAUUUAUGAAUAUUGGUCAUGAGCCCGAAUCUUCUGAUGAUGAUGCAUCAUCAGAAAGUUCAGAAGAAGAAUAA